AUUUAUAUUGCACGGUUCUAUAUUCGUAUUGCUUAUUUUCAAGCACAUCGUUGUUCGUAGAUUGUUGUGCGUUUAUCCACAAUUUGUUUAAACAUACUAACUUGGAAAUAUAAAAAUUGGAAUUAUAUGUAUGAGAUAAAUAGAAUUACUGCUGAAAAUAUUGACAUUCAUAUAGUGUGAUUAUGAUUUCAUCUGACGACAUGGGCAAAAUAUGACGGUAUCUGUUUGCAGUUUAAAAGUAAGCAAAAAAAAAACUGUCUCGAGGUUUCAAUGAGAUAUAUGAGAUACAGUGUUUUCAUUCCCUUUAUAGUCAAAAGCGCGUUGUGAUUGUAAAGGCAGUAAAACAAGCGUAUCUAUUCGGCCUUUUCCGUCAAACUUCGGAUAAGGAUUAUUAUUAUUACUAUUUUAUUAAUAAGCAAAUAGUUAAGAUUGGGCAAUAAUAAAAAACGCAUGGCAUACAGACGCUUUGACAUUUGUGUACAUGUAAUUUCAUAAGAUUAAUCAACAGCAGAGCGAAACCCUAGUCGUUUCUACCAUUCAUGUUUUUGACCCAUGAAAGAACAUUAUGAAAUUUGAUCUCCUAGUUUCUGUUGAAAAGUGAAACAUAGUAAAUGAAAAUACAAUAGAAGACUGCCCUCUAUAAUAAGUUCAAUACGAAUAUAUAAACAUGGAUAGUGUCAUAACUGAAAAACUGGAUAGAUUUAAUGUUUGACAGUAUAAGCCCAGCUGCUUAAACAAAGAAAACAAAUGUGAUUUCAUCUCCAUAGCAACUGUAUGAGACAUAGGAAUGUGUUCAGAGGUUCUGAGUUGGAAAUACAAUUACAAUGCGAUAGGACAGAACUUGGACUGCCUGCAUCAAGCUAAUAAUAUGUCUAACUUCACAAAUAGAAAUAAUGUGAAUACAACAUCUCCAAGAAGAAUUAUCAAAAAACCGACAACUACACCCAAUAGAGCUCGUAAUAGAGACGAGAGAGUUGACGAUGUUAAAGACAUUCCAAACUCAAAUGAUGCUGAUAUUAAACAUUCUGAUCAGCAACAGCUUGUAACAGACAAUACUGAAGCAAAGCAAGGUAUUAAUCUUGGAGAAACAAAGAACAGUUUAGACGUCCGGAAAGAGGUAACACUUGUUAAGGCAUAUGCUGUGUUAAAGGAUGAAAUGGAGGAGACCACAGCAAAAUCCAUAGCUUCUCUUUUGUUCGGAAAUAUGCCACAGUUACUUUCGCAUCAUGAUCACGAAUGUAUCGUUACAACCAAAGGACGACGAGUUGUUGCCGAAAAGUUAUUGAAAAGGGUUUUGAUUGGUGGCGAUGCACUGUACGAUGGUUUUAAAAGUUAUUUUUGUGGACAGGAGGGCAAUCUUGCAAAAGUACUUGGUGAAACACAAAUAUCGGACCUGGACAUGCAAGUUUAUAUGGCGUUGAAGAAAUCAUCUGAGAAGCAAGCCGACAGGCCAGGCAACGACAAACCACGCCUGAAGUUUUCGGAACAUGACAGACAAAUAUUGAUCAGCUCUCUGAAUCGACCAAGCUUCAUUGAUCCUUUGAACGACCAACUUUUGUCUAGACUGAAAAUCAGUAUUCGAGAACAUAAUAAUGUUGUGAAUUCUUCCAUAGAUAAUGAAACAAAAGUAAAAACAUUAAUUGAUACGUUGGAGCAAUGUGAAGAAAAUGUUUUUGAAGAUGUAUGCGACGUUUUAGCAUCACUUGAGAUGGAACAUGUUAUUGAAAAGCUUGAUAUCGGAAAGAAAACAAAAAAGAGAACACGUGAUUCUGUAACAGAUAAUGCUCAACCUAGUGCGUCGAAGAAAAGGAAGUAUCUGGGGCAGCUGGAAGAUACAUGUAUGGUCAAGCGCGUGCAAACAGACGAAUCACAUUUAGAUAAAGUAUUGCAGAAUAGAAUAGAUUUUACCCUUGAAGGCGUAACUGAGGGUUCUAUCGUUCUUCAAAUAAAGCCAAAAAGUCAGGAAUCGUGGAAUGUACUCAUGCAAAAAUGUCGCUCAGGAGAAAUUAAAGAUUUCAUUCCAGAAGUGUUUAGAAAUGAAGUUGAAAACAUCAAAGCAGGGGAACACAUCUGCAAACUUACCAUCUAUGUCUUAACCAAACCUCCAAAUUAUGAGGACCGAAAAGCAAUGAUUGAACUAGCGAAUCCUUCAAUUAUUUCUCAAGAAAUUCAAGAUUUGGUUUGCGAAGAAUUAGAGAUUACCGAUGAACUACUUGUCAAGCUGAAAAGAAAAAAGUUUGUUAGUCAUACAAUUAAAGAAGAACUAUCUGGGCUGAAUAAAAGGAAAGAAAGAAUAAGUUAUGUUCUCAAACAACUAGAAAAAACUGGAAAAGAAGGAUAUGAUUUUCUGAAAGAAUAUGUAAAGGAAAAAAACGACUAUCUAUAUGACAAAAUAAAAACAGAGGAGGGCAUAAAGACCAUUGAUAAAACCACUAGGUCUACUCGUCUGCAAGACUCAUUUUCAAGAAGCCUUGAACGGAGUGGAAUUAUAAAGGAGAGAUUUUUCAGUGCCGAUGUUAUGUUAGUUGUUAGAGAGAAAGCCAGUGUUACGCCAGAAAGAAAAAGACACCAUUCGCCGGUGUUUCUACGAAAGUCUGUGAUGACUUGUCCAAAACUUAUUAAUCCAUGCUGCUUUUUUGAUCAAGACAAAUUGUAUGAGGUACAACACGAUGCAGAUAUUAGAUUGGAAAGUGAGGACAGCACUUUGACGGAUACGUGGCACUACGCUUCAGCAUCAGAAACUAACAAGAAGUCAAGAAAGAGUUUUUAUGAACCUGAGGAGGAAAGCAAUUCAAAUACAAAGUUAGCCUUGCGCAGAGUUGCCUCGGAACAUAAUGUACUAGACGGGUCAUAUAAGACACAGAAAACGGAUGAUAUACCUGUUAUUCAACCUUUGAGAUCAAAACAGAGACGGUCAGGUAGAAGGAAAUAGACUACAGAAUAGCUGUUUGGUUAUUCAUUAAAUAGACUACAAAUGUAUCUUGCAUUCAUAAAAGAAAGUGUGAAUACCGUGCGUUUAAUUAAAUGAUCAUGUGUUGU